AUGAAGGUCCUAGGAGACAUGGCCUAUGGAAGACCAUUCACCACCCAUCCAGCUUUGAUUCAGAUGGUCACAGAGUGGGGAUACCCAGGGCUGCAGUUAGAGGGCUAUCUCAUGGCCAGGCAACUAGAAGAGCAAGAAAUCAUUGACCCUUUAUUUGCAUAUGUGGAUGAGUGUGCCCAAGGGCUGGAUGACUGCCACGCUGACGCUCUGUGUCAGAACACCCCCUCCUCUUACAAGUGCUCCUGCAAGCCCGGCUACCAAGGGGAGGGCAGGCAGUGUGAGGAUGUGGACGAGUGCUUGGAGAACAAUGGUGGCUGCCAGCACACCUGUGUCAAUGUCAUGGGGAGCUAUGAGUGUCGCUGCAAGGAGGGCUUUUUCCUGAGUGACAAUCAGCACACGUGCAUUCACCGUUUGGAAGAGGGCCUGAGCUGCAUGAAUAAGGAUCACGGCUGUAGUCACAUCUGCAAGGAGGCCCCAAAGGGCAGUGUUGCCUGCGAGUGUAGACCUGGUUUUGAGCUGGCUAAGAACCAGAGAGACUGCAUCUUGACCUGUAACCAUGGAAAUGGCGGGUGUCAGCACUCCUGUGAAGACACAGCUGAAGGCCCUGAGUGUAGCUGUCAUCCGGGGUAUAAGUUGCACACAGAUGGAAGGAGCUGCCUUGAACGAGAGGACACUGCCCCAGAGGUGACAGAAAGCAAUGCCACAUUAGUGGCAGAUGGGGAUAAGCGGGUGAAACGGCGACUGCUCAUGGAAACAUGUGCUGUCAACAAUGGAGGCUGUGAUCGUACCUGUAAGGAUACCUCAACAGGUGUUCACUGCAGUUGUCCCGUUGGAUUCACACUGCAGCUGGAUGGGAAGACAUGUAAAGAUAUUGAUGAGUGCCAGACCCGAAAUGGAGGUUGUGACCAUUUCUGCAAAAACACAGUGGGCAGUUUUGACUGUGGCUGCAAAAAAGGAUUUAAGUUAUUAACCGAUGAGAAGUCUUGCCAAGAUGUAGAUGAGUGCUCUUUGGAUAGGACCUGUGACCACAGCUGCAUCAACCACCAGGGGACAUUUGCUUGUGCUUGCAAUUUAGGGUAUACUCUGUAUGGCUUCACCCACUGUGGAGAUACCAACGAGUGCAGCAUCAACAAUGGGGGCUGCCAGCAGGUCUGUGUGAACACGGUGGGCAGCUACGAAUGCCAGUGCCAUCCUGGGUAUAAACUCCACUGGAAUAAAAAAGACUGUGUGGAAGUGAAGGGGCUCCUACCCACUAGUGUGUCACCCCACGUGUCCCUGCACUGCAGUAAGAGUGGUGGAGGAGACAGGUGCUUCCUAAGAUGUCACUCUGGCAUUCACCUCUCUUCAGGACUGCAAGAGGCCUAUUCUGUCACCUGCGGCUCUUCCUCUCCUCCCAGGAACAAACAGCAAAAAACAAAUGACUCAGCUUUUGGGGAUGUUGCCACCAUCAGGACAAGUGUAACAUUUAAACUAAAUGAAGGCAAGUGUAGUUUGAAAAAGGCUGAGCUGUUUCCUGAGGGUCUGCGACCAGUACUACCAGAGAAGCACAGCUCAGUAAAAGAGAGUUUCCGCUACGCAAACCUUACAUGCAUCUCCAGCAAGCAAGUCCCGGGAACCCCUGGCCGACUGAGUGCCCCUAAGGACAUGUUUAUCACUGUUGAGUUUGAACGUGAAACUUAUCCAAAGGAGGUGACAGCUUCUUGUGAUCUGAGCUGCCUGGUGAAGCGGACAGAGAAGCGGCUGCGGAAGGCCAUCCGCACGCUCAGGAAGGCUGCUCACAGGGACCAGUUGCACCUCCAGCUCUCAGGCAUGGACCUCGAUGUGGCUAAAAAGUCUCCCAGAACAUCUGAACAGCGGGCAGAGUCCUGUGGAGGGGACCAGGGCCAUGCGGAGAACCAGUGUGGUUUGUGCCAACCUGGUGAAUAUUCUGCAGAUGGCUUUGCACCUUGCCAGCCCUGCGCCCUGGGCACAUUCCAGCCUGACGCUGGCCGUACUUCCUGCUUCCCCUGUGGAGGAGGCCUCCCCACCAAACAGCUGGGAGCCAUAUCCUUCCAGGACUGUGAGACUAGAGUUCAGUGUUCACCUGGACAUUUCUACAACACCACCACUCACCGAUGUAUUCGUUGCCCAGCCGGGACAUACCAGCCUGACUUUGGAAAAAACAACUGUGUUUCUUGCCCAGGAAACACUACAACUGACUUUGAUGGCUCCACAAACAUAACACAGUGUAAAAACAGAAGAUGUGGCGGUGAGCUGGGGGACUUCACAGGAUACAUUGAAUCCCCAAACUAUCCAGGCAACUACCCAGCUAACACUGAGUGUACCUGGACCAUCAACCCACCCCCAAAGCGCCGCAUCUUGAUUGUAGUCCCUGAGAUCUUCUUGCCCAUAGAGGAUGACUGUGGAGACUACCUGGUGAUGCGGAAAACCUCCUCAUCCAAUUCUGUGACAACCUAUGAAACCUGCCAGACCUACGAACGGCCCAUUGCCUUUACCUCCAGGUCAAAGAAGCUGUGGAUUCAGUUUAAGUCCAAUGAAGGAAAUAGCGCCCGAGGGUUCCAGGUGCCCUAUGUGACAUAUGACGAAGACUACCAGGAACUCAUUGAAGACAUAGUUCGAGAUGGAAGGCUCUAUGCAUCUGAGAACCACCAAGAAAUACUUAAGGAUAAGAAACUGAUCAAGGCUCUGUUUGAUGUCCUGGCCCAUCCCCAAAACUAUUUCAAAUAUACAGCCCAGGAGUCCCGAGAGAUGUUUCCAAGAUCUUUCAUCCGACUGCUACGUUCCAAAGUGUCCAGGUUUUUGAGGCCUUACAAAUGACUGUGCCCGUGUGCCACUCUGUAUGAAUGUUUUGCUGUGUGCUCAGUGGGCUGGAGCUGUCCGCCUUCUGCACACCAGCACGGUUGGAUAUUGCCGCCUGCAGAAUUGGUGACUCUUCCGAGUUCAGUUUUUAUAGAUAAUACAGAUAUUUUGGUAAACAGAACUUGGUUUUUCUUUCCCAGCCUUGUGGAUACAGACUGAGAAGGGCUUUGAGUGGCUCUGGCUUCUCAGAUGCUUUGGACAGAUGUGUUGGCUACAGUUCUGGCUGGCUGAGCUGGACCUCAGUCAGUGUAGGUGAGACUCAGCCAUCUGCCCAUCCUUCCUGUUCCCGCACCUCCUCCAGCAGCCUGCAGGGGAAAGGAGGU